ACAAAGUCUGCUACUAAAUUAUCGAUAUGUUGUCAGACUAACUAGCUAUAUGAAUAUCUUUCUUUUCUAAACGAUACCGACUUCAUGGUAACGCAAGGCUUUUUGGAGAUAAUUAAAUUUACUGAAAAUGAAUGCAAAUAUGGGAAAACAUUUGGAUUUGCCGGCAAAUCCAUCCAUCACUGACAUGUCGAUAGAUAUCUAUCCAAUGAAAGGAAAACCAUUCUAUACCUGCGACCUCUGCAAUAAAUCUUUUGGCCAUCAUUGGACCAUGAUUCGCCACAGGGCUUUCCAUAUGAAUCCUGUGGCAUGCCCUUUAUGCAAUAAGACUUUCACAUGGAAAGAGUCAUUAGAAAAGCAUCUAAUGAUUCACAAGGGUAUCAAACCAUACAUAUGCCAGGUAUGUGGGCGAUGUUUCAGGGGGAAAUCCGAUUUAAAGCAGCACAUUUAUACGCAUACAGGUGAGAAACCGUUUCCUUGUGAGGCUUGUGGUAAACUUUUUGCUGACAGAAGCUCGCGUCGUAAACACUAUCUUAUCCACACUGGGGAAAAGCCUUAUAGUUGCGAUAUAUGCUUAAAAGGAUUUUCGGAAAAAGCGCAUUUGCGAGAGCAUCAUGUUGUACAUACUGGUCAGAAAGAUCACGAAUGUCAUUUAUGCCAAAAGAGAUUUACUACCAAAAGUAGUCUUCAACGACAUUUAUCUACUCAUAUGGAUAUCCGUCCAUAUGUAUGUGAUAUUUGUGAUAGAGCAUUCAAAAGACGGAAUGCUUUGCAAGACCAUUAUACGACACACAAUAAUGCUAAACCAUUUGCUUGUCCUGUGUGUGACAAACGUUUUUCUCGUAAAUAUGAUGUUAAUCUCCAUAAAGUGUCACAUUCAGACGUACGACCAUAUUCGUGUGAUAAAUGUGACAAGUCUUUCAAAAUGAAAAGAACUUUGAGGCAGCAUUAUGUGCGACAUAAUGCUGUGCCUUUCAAAUGUGAUGUUUGUGACCGUGGUUUUUAUGCUGAGAGUAGUCUUUAUGAACAUCAGUUGACUCAUACAGAAGAUAAUCCAUUUAAAUGCAAGAUUUGCCAAUCAUCAUUUACAUCGAAGCAUGGUAUGAAAAGACAUUUUCGUUCUCAGCAUGACAUGUUGAAGUAAAACUGUUGCAAGAGCAUUAUUUUAACAACUGAUAAGUGAACCAAGAUCUGCAAAGUAUGAUUGAUAUAUUUAUUUAUUUUAAAUAUUUGGAGUUAAUUGUAUGAACAUCAAUUAAGGUUGCUCUUACAAUUAUUCAAUUGGGUUAUUGAAAAAAAAAAAAAAUCAAUUUUUAUGAAAAGCUUCUGAAGGAACAUUCUUCAUUCUAGUAAAUCAUGUACCUAAAAUAUUGAUAAAUUAAGGAAUUUAAAUAAAGACUUCCAACCACAGUUAAAGGUAAUUAGUAUAUAUAUAAUAUACUAUUAUUAAACAUGCCAAAUAAAUAAUCAAUAGCUUUGGAAGAAUUUAAAUUGAAAGCAUCUUCAAAAUUAUGUCUUAUUUACAAAAGGCAUAAUAUAAUAUAUUAUGUUAAUGUAGAUUUUAUUUAUAUGUGUGUGUGUGUGUGUGUGUGUGUGUGUGUGUGUGUGUGUGUGUGUGUGUGUGUGUGUGUAUGCAUUUGACUGCAAAAAAUUUUGACAGUAGUUAAUGAAAUUUUGUUUAUAUGUAGAAUUCUUAGUUUAUUUAUUAAAAAUUAUGAGAUGGAUGUACUUUUAAUGUUUAUUAUUAUGGACUAAAGUUUCAUUUUUCAACUAAAUUAAAAAUAUGUACAUUUUAUUCAAUAUUUUAUGUAAUUUAAAUUUAAUUACUAAUAUCUGUACUAAUUAAAUUACCUUUUUGGAUAACCUAAUGAAGUGAAUAAAAUUGUGCCUUUAUUUCACUUGUACAUAUAAUCAUAUGGUUGUGAAUAUAGCAUAGUUUUUCCAAAACUUCAUGAAUGCUUUUUGUAGAAUGAUUAAAAACCAUAGCGAAGCUAUUAAUAAAUGAUUAUUUAAUGUAGUAAAUUGACCUAUUUCAAACACAUUUUCAAUAGUAAACUAAAUUUUUGGGGAAACAAAAUAAAAUGAACUUAAUCAGUUACCUUAUAAUUAAAAUCUAAAAAAUAUUAUAAUAGUAUAUUUUCAUUGAAUGUAUUUCAUUCACAAGCAUGCAAAAUUUAAAAACUAGCGUAUUAGAAAGUGGAAGAAUAAUCAAUAGCAAAAUCUUAAUUUUGUGAGCAUGAAACAUUGGCAUAAAUUAAAGACUUCAAAAUUGAUAAAAAUUAUCAUUACAAUUCUUUUUUUACUAGUUGAAUGUUUUUAAUAUCAUAUCCAAUUUGCAUGGCUAAUUUGACAUAAUUUUGCAAUAGGUAACACCUCCAUGAUAAUUUUUCAAAAUUAUUCCAUUCUGUGUUUUAUGUUAUGCAUUAGAUUUAUUUGUUUUGCAAAGCAAAUUAUGCACAUUUUGAUGAUUUAACAGACAAACCAGAAUAAAAAAUUAUUAAAUGGUACUUAAUGUCAUACAACUGUUUAAUUAUAUCCAACUGCAUUUUGAAAGAAUUAUUGUUUUAUUGAUCAUAUUUUGGAAAGUAUUUUUUAAAUCAUGUUUUAGGUUAUUUUUAUUGUAUAUCAUUCUACAUAAUUAUUAUAUUAAUCAUUGAUUUGUGUUAAAUAAUGCAUAAAUUGCUUUUUGAAAAAAUAACCUCUUGCUCUUUUUAUACUUGUUUCAUAUAUUUGUCGGUGUGGUAUUUGUUGUUGUUGUUGUUCAAGACAUUUUAAAUUGAAACAAGAUUGAUUAUUCUCUGAUUAUUUAUUUUAUUUAUGUGCCUGGUCUUGAUUACAAAUAAUUAUUUUAAGUAAUCUUUUUAUCUAACUUUGUUUGAAGAUUGGAAUAAAAAGCAUAUUAAAUUAAAGCAUAUUAAAGCAUAUUAUUUCAAAUUUUGCAGUUAAAAAAAAUACAUUUCAGAUCAAUUUUGAUAUUCUAUACACUUCUCAAGCCAACUUGUAAAGCCUGCUAUAAUGAUAAUGGCCGUAACGAUAAUCAUAACAUGUUGCUACAUUCUUCAUUCAAGUCACUUGUGCCAUUCUACCAAUGCAUUUUCAACUUACUUAGGGUAUGCUGAAUACUUACAUAAUUUUUCCAGUUUAAAACCAUAAUAUUCACUAAGUUUUAAACAGGAAAAAAAGAUGGGAGUGGGCACCUAAUUAUAAUUUUUAUUUCCAGUCUUCAUUUUUCAUUUUGUCACUUUUACAUUUAAUAAAUACUGUUAUUCAAACAAUUUUUAAAAGUUGUUUAGAUAUGAAAUCAUCAUAGAAUGAAUAUUUUGUAAAAUAUGUCACUGAUAUGAAUGUGUUUUUAAAAUAUUCUAUUUCUCUUACCUUGUAGCUUCCACUAUUUUAGAGGUAAAUUUAAAGGUUGCAUUUAUGGUGUAAUAAAUUUUGCAUAAUAAAAUU